AGUUACACAUUUUCACUUUAUUUUUAGAUUUAUCUAUUUUCAAAGCAGUUUGGUUUCAGCUAUGCCAGUUUAUUUUUAGUUAAGUGUUCUGUGUGUGUGCAGUAAAUGUAUAUUGUAAUAAAACAUUUGCCAUUUCAACAUUUGUACCAUAUGUAGUUGAAUGGCAUUAGUUGUGUUCAUCAUGUUGUUCAGCCAUCACCAUUAUCUGUUCCCAGAUUUUUCCAACACCUUUGACAGUAGAUCGGUGUCUCCUAAGCAGUGAGUCCCUCUUCCCCCCUUCUUCCACCUCUGGUAACCACUAAUAAACUUUGGUCUCCAUACAAAAAAAGAAAAGAAAAGAAAAAACAGCUCAUAUCAUCUGGUGAGGCAGAAAAUCUUUAGGUGCCUUCUCCAUGUUUAUAUAUUGUUUUGAAAAUGAGAAACAAAAAGACACUUCUUAAUAGAGACAAGUAUGAUCUUUAAAAAAAUAACUGGUAUUAUAUAUAGAUAGAUACUUUAUCAAUGAUUCAUCCAUUACAGAACUGUGAAGACAAAUGACAACACCAAAUACAGGCUUCUCAAUUUGUCGUGAUAGGAAAUACUCACAGAUUAUGGGAUGCGCAGUUUUUCAUGCUUUAACAUCUUGAAUAUUAGGAUAUGCCUUACAGUCGAUGGCAUCUUAACAGUUGCUGUCAGCCAGGUGGCAGUUGUAAUGAACUUACCAUCAUCUGCAAAUGUACACAGUUGUUUGUUUCUUCUCAUGGCAUGGCUGGCCAAGUGCAGCUGAUCAAUGUUCAGCCAAAAAUCAACAACUAUUUGAGGAAGAAGUAUGAGUCCUGGCUGUUGUCUGAAAACUUCCUUUUGACGCCUGGUGAGAUCAAGCAUACAUCACCAUGAAAACUUACUGCAUAGGUAUCAGUGGCUUGGAAGAAAAUGCUGGGGACAAAAGUGCAGCACUUCUAAGGAAUAUUUUCUCACCUCCUCAUGGCAUAGAGAAUAAUACUGGGUGAGAAAACACAGAUGUUGACGAUUCCGUGUCAGAAAGCGAUGCACAAGGUUGAACUCUAUGAAGUUGUAGACAUGCAUUAAAUUUGUACUGCUUGUGCUUUCCUUUCUGUGUUUACGUGAGAGCUGAAUAUGACAAAGUUCUGUCAAAAGGACUCUUUCCAUAAAUGUAAAAUAAAAACGUUAACACAUCAGAAGACCUUAAUUCACAGCCUACUCACCAGCACUUUUUGAAUUGUUUUUAGAGGUACAUAAGAUAAUGGUACAUGUUCCAAUGGAGGUCUUAGGUUCAGUGAAAUGGUGCCACACUGAUCCUGUUCUUGUAAGCUGUUAACUUUAAAAUGAACAGUAACUAUACAGGGUGGAGUUUGAGACUAGCUAAAAAAGGGAACCUGUUCCAACCCUGGUUUAGGCUAAGAGGCACCUUUAUGUAAUUACACCACAGACGUUCGUGUAAAUGCCUCGUGCCUUCAGCUGGGAUUCUCGAGGUUUUGGGGGGAAGAAAACCAACCAACCAAGUGGCAGAUUCUUCUCAGGAAUGAUACUAGCAAACAAGAUUUCCCAAUGCUUCUUUUUCACACCGUAAGAUAACACUGGGGAAUGGGAGCAGGGGCUGGAGCUAAAAGAUCCUGUCGCAUCCGGAUGUUUGUGACCCCCAGGAAGUAAAAGGCUGAGAUCGGGGACUGCAUUUACUGGCAUAAUGAUUUUGUGCCCUUUUUUAUUUUCUUAAUCAUAUUGACUUAAUAUCCUCUUCUGAAAAUAAGAAGCUAAAGAAUUAGUUGAUUUUUUUCCCUCCAAUUUCUAAGGCUGAGGUAAAAGUUAUUUUUAGAGUGAAAAUACAAGGCCAUCUUUCAGAUUUAAGCUGCACUUAUUUCAGUAGUUGCCGGUGUUUCACUUCAGAAUUACCCCACGUUUGGGAUCCAAGAGACAAGGUCUUUACUGGGUGUAUUUGAAGAAGAUGCUGCAGCUAUUUCCAACUAUAUGAACCAAUUGUAUCAAGCUAUGCGUCGGAUUUAUGAUGCACAGAACGAACUAAGUGCAGCAACACACCUGACUUCAAAACUUCUAAAAGAAUAUGAAAAGCAGCGUUUUCCAUUGGGGGGUGAUGAUGAAGUUAUGAGCUCUACUCUACAACAGUUUUCAAAAGUUAUAGACGAGCUUAGCUCUUGUCAUGCUGUACUUUCAACUCAGUUUGCUGAUGCCAUGAUGUUCCCCAUUUCCCAGUUUAAAGAAAGAGAUCUCAAAGAAAUACUGACAUUAAAGGAAGUGUUUCAGAUUGCUAGUAAUGAUCAUGAUGCUGCAAUUAACCGAUAUAGCCGAUUAUCCAAAAAAAGAGAAAAUGACAAGGUGAAAUAUGAGUUAACAGAAGAUGUGUACACUUCCAGAAAAAAGCAACACCAGACCAUGAUGCAUUAUUUUUGCGCAUUAAAUACCCUUCAGUACAAGAAGAAGAUAGCAUUGUUAGAACCUCUACUUGGGUACAUGCAAGCUCAGAUAAGCUUCUUUAAGAUGGGUUCUGAAAAUCUCAAUGAACAACUGGAAGAAUUUUUAACUAAUAUUGGAACAAGUGUACAGAAUGUCCGCAGGGAGAUGAACAGCGAUGUGGAGACCAUGCAGCAGACCAUAGGAGAUUUGGAAGCAGCCAGUGACCCGUUGUAUACUCCUGACCCAGACCCCACCACGUUCCCCGUUAAUCGAAACUUAACCCGAAAGGCUGGAUACCUUAAUGCUAGGAAUAAAACAGGCUUGGUGUCAUCUACCUGGGACAGACAGUUUUACUUCACGCAGGGUGGAAAUUUAAUGACUCAGGCCCGAGGGGACGUAGCAGGAGGCCUGGCCAUGGACAUAGACAACUGUUCAGUGAUGGCUGUGGACUGUGAAGACAGGCGAUACUGUUUUCAGAUCACCUCUUUUGAUGGAAAAAAAUCUUCAAUUUUGCAAGCAGAGAGUAAAAAGGACCAUGAAGAGUGGAUCUGUACAAUAAACAACAUAUCCAAGCAAAUAUAUUUAAGUGAAAACCCAGAGGAGAUUGCUGCCCGAGUGAAUCAGUCAGCUCUGGAGGCCGUCACUCCUUCCCCGUCUUUCCAGCAGAGGCACGAGAACCUCCGGCCGGCAGGACAAUCUCGGCCACCAGCAGUUCGAACCAGCAGUUCGGGAUCUUUAGGAUCUGAGUCCACAAAUUUGGCUGCCCUCUCUCUAGAUUCCCUUGUUGCCCCCGACACCCCGAUACAGUUUGACAUCAUUUCUCCUGUGUGUGAAGAUCAGCCUGGCCAGGCGAAAGCCUCUGGCCAGGGAGGCAGGCGUACAAAUCCAUUUGGGGAAUCUGGAGGAGGUACAAAAUCUGAAACUGAAGAUUCUAUUCUUCAUCAGCUGUUUAUUGUCCGAUUCCUCGGUUCUGUGGAGGUGAAGUCAGACGACAAUCCAGAUGUUGUUUAUGAAACAAUGCGCCAGAUCUUAGCUGCCAGGGCCAUCCACAACAUCUUUCGUAUGACAGAAUCACAUUUAUUAGUCACUUGUGACUGUUUAAAGUUAAUUGAUCCACAGACACAAGUCACAAGACUCACAUUCCCAUUACCCAGUGUAGUUUUGUAUGCUACACACCAGGAAAAUAAGCGCCUUUUUGGAUUUGUGCUUCGGACAUCAGGAGGGAGAAGUGAGAGUAACCUGUCAUCCAUUUGCUAUAUAUUUGAAUCAAACAAUGAGGGGGAAAAGAUUUGUGAUUCUGUUGGACUGGCAAAACAGAUAGCUUUGCAUGCUGAACUGGAUCGUAGGGCAUCAGAAAAGCAAAAAGAAAUAGAGAGAGUAAAAGAGAAGCAACAGAAAGAACUCAGUAAACAAAAGCAAAUUGAAAAGGACUUGGAAGAACAAAGUCGGUUGAUAGCUGCUUCCAGUAGACCAAACCAAGCCAGUAAUGAGGGGCAGUUUGUUGUCCUUAGCAGUAGCCAGUCAGAAGAGAGUGAUUUGGGAGAAGAAGGAAAGAAGAGAGAGUCAGAAGCAUAAACUUACCCUGGCUUUUUGGUUGAUACCCACCCCCUAGCCCUGGAAUUUAAUGACAGUUUCUGUGGUGAAAUGGCGCAAGGUGACAACUAUGCUGAAAUACCAAGCAGGAGACUAAGCUUUGUGUUUGCUCGUUCGUCUCAGCAUCAUCUUUUAAAACGAGACUGAACUUGUGAGUUAGGUUUGUAUUGAUUUUUCCCUUAAAAGUAACGUCCUGUGCAGUAACAUCAAAUCCCACACGUCUAAAAGAAACCUGCUCAUUUCCCUGAAGUCGAUUGCUGAAGAAUUACACUUGCUCAGCACUUUUUUCCUUCAAUUUUGAACUUUUUAUCUUGUUUUGUAACUGGCUAUGACCGUAAGAAGGCAAUUAUUCUUCGGCUUCAGAUAUUCGUGGGUGUGCUCCUCUGUUUCAUUAAUAACAUUUUGCUGGGAAUGAGGAACCUUUGGACCAAACAGGUUCAAAACCCUUUAUAUAGAAAAUUCUGCAAGUUUGAAAAUAUUUUAACAAUAGUAAAUGUGCACCAGCGUGAUAAAUAGAGAAAUAUUGAAGUUGUCAAGGAUUUCAUUUUACUCGGAUCCACAACUGACACCAAUGGAAUCAGCAGUGAAGAAAUCACACGAUGUAUCGCACUGGGCAGAUCUGCUGCAAAGACCUCUUUACAGUGUUAAAGAGCAAAGAUGUCCCUUUGAGGACUAAGGUGCACCUGACCCAAGCCAUGGUGUUGUGAAUUGCCUCAUAUAUGCAAAAGCUGGACAGUAAAUCAGGAAGACUGAAGAAGAAUUGAUGGCUUUGAAUUACGGUGUUGGCGAAGAAUAUUGAAUAUACCAUGGACUGCCAAAAGAACGAACAAGUCUGUCAUGGACGAAGUACAGCCAGAACGCUCCCUAGAAGGGAGGAUGGUAAGACUUUGUAUUAUGUACUUUGGACAUGUUAUCAGAAGGGACCAUUCCCUGGAGAAGGACAUCCUGCUUGGUAAAGUUAGAGGGUCAGUGAAAAAAAGGAAGAUCCUCAACGAGAUGGAUUGACACAGUGGCUGCGACAGUGAGCUCAAACUUAGCAAUGAUUGUGAGGAGGUACAGGCCCAGGCAGUGUUUCAUUCUCUUGUACACAGGGUCGCUGUGAGUUAGAACUAACUUGACAGCACAUAACAACAACAAAUGUGCAAUAGAACUUUCAUAAAAUAAUUAGAACAGAGUUUUAGACUUAAGGUUUUAAGUGUGGCGGGUGGGACUGCUGACUUCAGGGCGCUGUCUUGGGUUGCUCCGGUGUCUCUGGUGCGCGUUACACCUUGAUGCCGGUGGGAAGGGUGCUUAAGUGUCUUCAGGUCGAGAGGGAUACUGUCCUGUGGCAGUUUCUUCCCAUGUUCUUAGUUCUCAGGUUGGAACUUGAAUUAUUGCUGCAGAGCAGUAAUGGUUAAAAUAAGAUUUUGGAAUUUAUUAAAAGGGAUUUUUUUUUUCCAAAUACAUCUUAGAUUAGGAUUUAGAUAUAACGAUGUUGUUAGAGGAUGAUACGUUGUAUUUUCUGCAUUGCGUGAAAUAAUUUUUAUUGAAAAUCAAGCAGUGUUUCAAAAAAGUUCUGUGACAAUUACGUUUCCUGCUUAAAGUAAAAAUUCCCAGAGUUUAGAGAAUGUAGUCUUUUAAAUUCCAGACUGAUAACCCAAUAUUUUCAUAAUCCCAUAUUUUGAUAAAAUGCUGAAUCACCACUUUAUAUCCACAAAGACAAAUAGUUAAUGUAUAAGAAUGGAAUAAUUUGCACUAAUUGUUAUAACUACUUCUACUCUUGAAAUGAGUAAAAGUUUUAAUUCUAUGAAAGGUUGGAAAGAAAUUGAAUGUCUGGUGUGGUGUAGGAGAGUUGACCAAGGAAGGAUUUUAGCCUGGUGCCAAGGUUAAAAUGGCAUUUCUUUACUGCCUAUCUUCUGUGUUGAAACUUGAUUCCUUUUUCUUUUAUCAGAUUUUUAACAUUGCUGGUAGAAACUAUGUUUAUAUAUUACACAUGAAAAAGUAUAUAUAGACAAGUUAAAUAUAUUGAGUAAAAUAUUUUACAUAAACUUCCAAAUUUUCAAGAGGUUAGCCAGUAAGACUAAUUUCACAGUGGAAAAGUUCUUUAUAUACAGGUUUUUCUUCUUAGUUCUGAAUUAGAAAUGGCUUCUGUUUUACUGCUCACAAUAUAGCCUGGCUGUUUCACACUGUGCAUGUAAGUACGCUGUUUUCUACAGGACGGGAUCGAUGAUAACUACAUAUAGGAUCAUGAUAUUCUUUUUAUCCAUGUGCCAAGUGGGAGUACUGAUUAUUUAGUACUCUUGAAGCCUUAUGUUACCAAAACAUGCACCUGAAAAAUGGAAAUUUGUGGGAAAAUUUUUGGAAAAAAAAAAAAGUUUAUUUUGUGCUUACUAAAGGAAAGGUUUUCCUAAUAGUUUGUGUAUCAUUCUUUUUGUUGAAAUUUAUUCUGUAGUCAGCACUUGAUUAGUCAUGCCAGGUCCUGUUUUUAAGACCUUUUUUGAGAAUUAGCAAGCUUUUUGUUUCAUUAAAUCUUCUUUAUACUGUCAGUUGUUGCCUCACUUGGUUCAGAUGAAACCUGU